AUGGCCUCUCGAUGCCAGCGGACAGCUCAGCAAACCGCCACCCCGUAUGGGAACCGAUUCAGCAUCAAAGUACGAUUGCAUGAGACCGGGGAGAGAUUUGUAGUGCCUGGCUGUAGCCAUCAUAUGCGGGUAGCUGAGCUCAAAGACAAACUUGAGCUGAUUGCGGGGAUCCCCAGGCACUGGCAGAGGCUCUCCUACAUUGAUGAAGGAGAUAUGCCAGAUAAUUCUUCAUUUAAAUACAAUGGCAUUAUUCCUGGAGGCUGUGUGAUUUUGCAUAUCUGGUCUCAGGAUGGGUGGAGUGAUCUUAUAAAAGCAGCAGCUCAAGGAAACCUAAUACAGUUGAAGUGUCUGGGGGUCACUGCAGACUCUAAAUGCAACACUCCUAACUCAUCUCUUAUGACAGUUGCUCAGAAAAGAGAGUGGAUUGCAGCAAGGGCCAAUGUGGCUCUCUACAUAUCGGCACACAGAGGUCAUCUGGAAAUGAUACGAUUCCUUUUAAGAAACGGUGCCAGUGUACAUUACAAAACUCCCUUGGGAAAUAGCCCUCUACAUGUGACUGCGGCAAUGGGCAACUGUGACUGCACAGAUGAACUGUUGGCACAUGGCGCACAAACUCAUGAUCCUAACAGAAGUGGGGAUACAGCACUUGACCUGGCACGCCUGUGGGGACAAAAAACUGUUGAGCGAAGACUUUUCCUGUUCCAGUGGAGGCAGAGGGCUGCCUCUGUAUCAGUUAAGACUCAUCUGGACUACUCUGAGCUUUUUGCUCAUCAGAAAUUUGACUCCAAGUUGAUUACCUGGAGGAGUGGAACCCACGCCAAACGUUAUAUGGCAAAUCUAGUGCAGCAUAAAGAGUUUUGUGGUACUGGUAUCAAUGCGCCUCAAAAACAAAACAAUGCUUAAAGGUCUGAGUGAGGAAAUACACACAGCACUUUCGUCUUCUGUUUUCUUAGAAAAAUGUUGUGAGAGCCUGUAAACUUGUAUUGUGCGGUACUCUGGUGAAAGAGUAGGUUAACACUGUACUUUAACCUUUUCCCUACCAGAGAUGCUUGCAAUUCAGCUAAAUGUAUUCUAGCAUUUAAUGGGGUUUUGUACUUCAAAUGUUACAUGUAUGAAAUGUGUAGAUUUGUGAGCCAUAUGGAUUUAGCUGAUUGUAACGGGCUUAUAUAUAAUAUGGCCUAGAGUCAAAACAGAGAACGGAGUCCAACAAUUGUCAGUACCAAGUUUAUUUGCUGUG